GCCGGCGGGCCGCUCGAAUGGCGCCUCUAUAAUCGAUCUCGACACUGAAAAUCCGCGCUCCGCUGCAUGCACUUUAGUCGCCGACGAUACGUUGCUUCGCGAGGCAGCAGCUCCGAAAAAGCUCGGAUCGCAUAGUUCGCUUUCGUACUCAUUCGCAAGUGGCGAACUUCCCUUGUGGUUACUCACUUUCCGUCCUCGUCAACAAUGAUGCUGCGACGAAAUUGUUGUUGUCUUCUUUUUAUUUCUCUGCUUACCACAGUUAACGCGGACACAACAGAUGUGACACCUCAAAAUUCAUUGCUAAACGAAGUCGAAACAAUUAUUCAUACGGCCAUAAAAUUGAUAAAAGAACCGGCGACGUUUAAACUAUAUACUAGAGAAAACAUGUUUGGCGAGGAGCAAUUGUUGUUAAACAACACGGAAGUCUUGUAUGCGUCGCAUUUCAAUGAGAGUCGACCGACUAAACUCAUCAUUCAUGGUUUCAGUGACACCGGAAAAGAGGCAUGGAUACGAAACCUUAUUGAUACUUACCUCAAGUAUCAAGACGUAAACGUAAUCGUCGUCGGUUGGGGUAUCCUCGCAGCUGAUCCUUAUCCAACCGCAGCAAAUAAUACCCGAAGAGUUGGCGAAUAUCUCAGCAUCUUUCUCGACUUUCUAAGUCGUGAAUCCAAUUUGGAAUACAAGGAUGUCCACAUGUGUGGACAUAGUCUUGGCUCUCACGUGGCUGGUUUUGCUGGAGCGUUUUUAGAAGGAAGGAUCGGCAGAAUUACAGGUUUGGACCCGGCAAGUCCACUUUACGAAACAUCCACUGGAGUAGUAGAUCCAGACUUUCGUCUAGACCCAACCGACGCUCAAUUCGUCGAUGUAAUUCAUACCAGCGGUACAGCGUUCGGAUUUCUCGCAGCCAUUGGCCAUUCGGACUUCUAUCCUAACAGUGGCAAGUUCCCUCAACCAGGCUGUAACUUUGCUCCGACGAACACUUACUGUAGUCACACGCGAGCUUAUCAAUUGAUGACCGAGAGUAUUGGCAGUACGUCAGGCUUCAAGUCACGAAGCUGUGAAUCCUGGGAAAAGUACAAGGAUGGACAUUGCGAUCGCAAUCCCAUCGUUCUUAUGGGCGAAUAUGCCUCCACGUCAUUGCGAGGCAAGUUUUUCUUGACGACCAAGUACGCGCCUCCAUUUGCUGUCGAUUGAGACUGGCAUCUUCUUAGGAUUCUUUCGAUUCCAAUUUUCGUCAGUCUUUCUUUCAACGCGAUUUUCGGAUUUGUUAUAAACGCUUUCGACUAGUCAUACACUGUAUUUAUAACGUCAUGCCACCAUUGGAUCAUUUAUCUAUAUUUUUGUUUGUUUGUAUCUGAAAAAAUUAUCCAUUCACUGUAUAAAAAAUGAAUGUGACAUUCAUCAGCGCGUCAUAUUCGAACAAAGAUAAAUUUAACGAACUAGUUAUACUUAUUUAUUCAUACGAUAAUGAAGCUCGGUCAAUGCUUUGUUAUUCAAUAAAUAAUUUUAAUUUACAUCAUUGACAUGAUAUAAGUUGCCUAGUUACUUUUCAAUGUUUUAUAUUAUACUUUGUGUACGUGCAUACUUUAAACUUUGGUAUUCAAAUUCUAUUUCGAAUAAUAUUCUUGAAGUACUCUACUUUACGACCCGUUGUACAUGAAAUCUAGUAUAAAUUCACUUUUUUAAAGCCAUGAAAUCUUGAACGUUAUACAAGAGUAUUUAGUAAGUGUGUUGUUCAGUCGGUACGAUGCUUGCCUCUGAACCAAUGUUGCGCAAGUAGCCCGGAAGUAGCAUCACUGAAAAACUUUUUCGGAAGAAAUAAUUUUUCGGAAUUGGUAAUUCGAACGAGUUUAGCGUUUGCGUUCAAACUUGAUGAAGCUUUUAACCGCUUGGAUCUGCAUCGUUGCCUAAGUAGGAUUUCAAGGAUCUUCUAGCUCUACCUGCCAUCACGACAAUAUUUUCAAGUUUCUUAUUCUGCGUCAAUAUUCCUGGCCUUCUAAUUAACGACACUGUGCUAUGCUGGGCUUGUAAUAAUAUAUCAUCAAGACGUUGGUUUAGAACCUUCGGAUUGGUAUUCGUCAGUACCAUUUUAGGGGUCAACGUCAAACUCGUACCAUCCAAAACAUCAUACAUUUUUAAAUUGGUAUGAAAAUUUAU